UACACCGUUUCCCGGCCGCGCGGAUCCCUGUGCUGUGGCUACUGCAGUCUGCUCGAGGUGAGAGCGGGCUGGCGGGAGAGUGAAGUUCCCGAGGGGAGAGCUGGCCGAGGGAGUCAGGCUGGGGAGCGGGGAUGCCGGCAAGUCGCAAGGAGGGAGUGAGGAAGCAGGAGGACAUGACUGAGACGGACCUGGGCUGAUCGGGACUGGAGAGGAAGGAGGCCUGACCGGCUGCGACCUGUGCGGAGAGAAGAGGAAAAGAUGCUAGAACCACAGGAGAAUGGCUUGAUUGACCUACCAGAUUAUGAGCAUAUAGAAGAUGAAACUUUUCCUCCAUUCCCACCUCCAGCCUCUCCAGAGAGAGAAGAUGGUGAAGGAGCUGAACCUGAAGAAGAGUUAGGGAGAGGAGCACCUGUUCCUGUACCUCCAAAGAGAACAGUUAAAAGGAAUAUACCCAAGCUGAAUGCUGAGAGAUUAAUUUCAGAGAGAGGGCUUCCAGCCUUAAGGCAUGUGUUUGAUAAGGCAAAAUUCAAAGGUAAAGGUCAUGAGGCUGAGGACUUGAAGACACUAAUCAGACACAUGGAGCACUGGGCGCAUAGGCUAUUCCCUAAACUGCAAUUUGAAGAUUUUAUUGACAGAGUUGAAUAUCUGGGAAAUAAAAAGGAAGUUCAGACCUGUUUAAAACGAAUUCGACUUGAUCUCCCUAUUUUACAUGAAGAUUUUGUUAGCAAUAAUGAUGAAGUAGGGGAAAAUAAUGGCCAUGGUGUAAAUGCUACCGAGUUAGAUCCCUUUCUGACAAACUCAUCUGAAAGUGCAAAGUUUGCUUCUGAGUCGAGUAGAAGCCUAACAGAAGAACAACAACAAAGAAUUGAGAGAAAUAAACAACUGGCCUUGGAAAGAAGACAGGCAAAGCUACUGAGUAAUAGUCAGUCCCUAGGAAAUGACUUGUUAAUGAACACACCCAGUACACAGACACCUGAAGAGGGUAGUACAGGUGAGGAGCAAAAGGAGGAAGAAUCAAAUGGAUUUAACAAAGACCUUCUAGAUUAUCCACAUAGUGAUGCUGCUGCCAAUACUGUAAGUGAAGAGGAGGAAUUAAAAAUAGAGAAAAUGCAACUGGACCAGUCCUUUUAAAAUACAUAAUAGUAAGUUAAGGCUUCAUCUAGAAAUGUUACUGAGGUCGGAUAGGCCUCAAAUGAGAAAAUCUAUUAACUUGCUGUCUUCCAAAUUUGAGAUGACUAUGCAUUUUGCCUACUUUGAGUGAAAAUCCUUAUAUAGUGAAACUUUUAUAGAUUCCUGUUUAAAAUCUGGUAUUAUCUAUACUUGUUUCUUAUUCACUUUCGUUGUCUAUUUAUUCUCCUUAGUGUUUAUUUUUAUAUGGGUAUGACCUUGUAAAAAUGAUUGGUAGUUAAUAAGUAGCUUCAACUGCUAGUGUGCCAUUGAAUGCCCUGUUUUUACUAAGUUGGGUGGUGUUUUAAGAUGUAAAUAUGUAAUAAAUGCUAAUGUUCUUUUUUUUUUUUUAAAUAAUAAGCUCACAAACUAUCCCUAGAGGCUUUAUAAAAGUUUCUCAUUGCUAUUUAGUUCUACACUUUACACUUUUGGUAAAAUGUUCACAGUUGUUAUAUGUGUUUACAUGUCUUUUGAGGAAUCACUUUAAUACUUAAAGGGUCACGUGAAAAGCUGAUACAUUGCCUGGCCUGCAUAGGUGCUGGGGAAGUUCACAUGCUCCUUGGUACCUUACUGACUAGUUAGUUGGAGAGAAACUUGCAAAGUAUAAUGGAGAACACAGAGCACGUAGGGAGGAUUCAGUGGAGAUGCCAAGGAUUGGGAAGAACAUGUACAAUAAUAUAGAAAUGAAAAUCUAGGAAAUGAGAGCUUUGGGAAUGGUGAAUAUGAGGCUGAAGUGUUAGGGCCACGUGGUGGGAGGACCUAAUUGGAGUUUUUCCUGCCUGAGUUUAUCAACUUGGUGGAAGGGUAGCUGCAGAUAGAAAGUACCACGUUGAGAAUCAAGUUUAGAGGUUGGUCUGGUUCUUGGCAGGAGAUUCCCAUGGGGGAGAGGGAAAGGCAAAGCUAGUUUUUACAAACUAGGACAUGGGAAGGUUGCUUUUUUGGGGGAAGACUGGCAGAGUGAUGGUGCUAAGUAACAAGUCUCCAGCGAGGGCAAGUCCAAUGCAACUCAACAUCCAAGGAGAGGGUGGGAAUGGAGGUUUGAGAGAACAGACCUUACCCUGUGCACCCCACCCGGCUCCCUAAGCCCUAUCCCCAAUUGGUGCUGGGGACAGCAGGGGUGACUGAGUCAAAUACGAAAUA